GACUAUCAGCAUUCUGUCAUUCAUGUCUAGUAUACCUGUAUACUGACAAAUCUAAUUCAAGCAUACAUUUAGACAUUGUGCUACACUACUGAUUUAAACUUAUGUAGGGCUGUUUGGUGGCAAAAAAGUAUUCUGUGAUGGUAGAAAUACUACAAGACAUCCAGGUACAGACAUAGAAGUUUUAAUAGGAAAAAUUUUUAACGUAUCAUUUUUACUCCUUCUGUCCUUAGCAAUGGUAAAACUAAUUCAAAUUUUCAAUAUAUUCCAGAUGUCUUGAACAGUUUGAUAUUUUUUCUUAAUAAAUAUACAAGAGUACCGAAAUGUAAAAUGGGCUCUUUACUAAGUAUUUUGAGACCAAAGAUUGGUGAUGCUUUGCCUGACAUAAACCGCACUAACCACACCCCUGUUGAUGAAAGUGAUUCAGAGUACGAGAGUUGUUUUGAAGAUGAUGCAAACCACAAUACCAUAGUGAGCAAAUCACAACAUAGUUUGGGGCAGUCCUCCACAUUUAUAUCCGAAAGCUUGAAAUCCGUGAAACCCAAAACACCAACAAAAUACCAUUAUAAUGAUAUGUCGAAAAAGAAAAAUGGUUUUCUACUACCCGAACAAACACAUUCUGUAAUUGAAGGAUCCGUGAUGGAAGAAACAUCAGUGUCGUCAAGUUCAGAAGAAUCAGACAGCGAGCCAUUAACCUUAGGUGUGAAGGGGAAAAUUUUUGUUAAAUCUGCUAGAAAUUUAAAAAGUUUGCAGACACUUGACAGUACUGUUGUAACCAGCCAGCCAUGUACCACGGAUAAUUUUAGCACCAUACUUUCUAAUCCUGCAGGUGGUGAUCCUUGUUUGAGUUCAACAGCAUGGGAAAUUGAUGUAGGCAGUGAUCUGAAAAAGUCUGCUCAGAAGAGUUCAAAGACUAAAUUUAGGAGAUCUGCAAGGGAAAGUCAAGAAAAAUCCCAAGGCCCUGACUUGUCCGGGUUGACGAACGAAAUUCUUGCUGAGAGGAAAGUUCUUGACUUAAGAAGAUGGCACUGCAUUUCAAGGCCCCAGUAUAAGAAAUCUUGUGGUCUUUCUUCGGUUGUCUCAGUCUGGAAUUAUCUUUACAGCAACUUAGGAACAGGAACAUUGCCUCCGAUUACUCAAGAAGCGGCUCUACAUUGCUUGGGUUUUAAACCACCUUUCGAAGAAAUACGUUUUGGCCCAUUUACUGGAAAUGCUACGUUGAUGAGAUGGUUCAGACGAUUGAAUGAACGUUAUGGUGUUCAUGGACGAGCAUUUUAUCUCUACAAACCGAAAGGCCGCUUGCAGACACGAACAAUGACUGAUGAAAGUGCGAUUACACAAUUGAAAAAUGGUCUUGUAGAUGAAAAAAUGGGAUUUAUUUACCAUUGUUUGAAUCACUACUUCUGUCCGAUUGGAUACGAGGAUACACCACUGAAUCCAACAGAAGCAUAUCUCCCCACUCACGCUUUCACCAGUAUUCUUGAAAGAGACUCCACAGAAUCUUUGACAUGUACGAUCCCAUGCACAACUUGGUUUUUCAUUGGAGAGCCAAGUAGAUGUCACCCACCUAUUCAUUGUAAAAAAUGGUGUGAUAUACUUCAAGAUUUGCACUCAGAGUCCCCAUACUACUUUGAUAUUCGCCAAACACAUCGUGGAGUACAAGAAAGGAAGACCAAAAAGAAAGGGAGGAAUUUACAUUGCAUAAUCGCUUUUAAGAAAAUUGAAAGUCUCAAAACAGCAAAAUAUAAAAAGAUAGGAUCUUAAUGCAGUCUUGCCAAUUUUUUCAUAUAUGUACAGGAUAUUUUCUCACACUGUAUUCUUCUUGAUGUUUUUAUUUCAUUUCACUGUAGUUUUUAUUUUCUUUGGCACAAUUAUUUUUCACAACCAUGUGCGAUUCGUUUUCACCAUUAAAA